AUGCCCAGCCAUCCAUAUGCCACCGGUGCCAUAUAUACUCGGUAUAACAAUCCAUCUUCUGAGCAUGCUCUACAACAUGUCCUUAAAGUGUCUGAUUAUGCUGGGCCACAUCCAUCCGCCUACGACCCCCAACUCCCUCCGAACAUUGCUACAAGUGGCGUCAGCAUGCGCCACAGGCUCCCUCCGCGGGCAAUGCAGCCAGGUGCAAUCUCACAUCCUUACGCUGCUGCAUCGAGUGAGCCGGUGAACUCGCAUGCACGACAGCCCAGUAACUCUGUCCAUCCUACGCUUUUGGUCCCGCCAAGUGCUGUGCAGGAAGACCAUGAUUUCGCAUCUAGUAACCACAUAUCCAUCAGCAGUUCUGACUUUGAGAAGUAUGGUAUUGGUGAGGCUCUCGUGUUCGCUGCGCCAUCACGUGACGAGCAGGAAACCGACUCCGAGGAUCAAUCUAUAACCAUCAUCCCGUGUCAGCAGGAUACCCUGAGCCGAAUCAAAGACAAAGGGAAGGCUAAAGAGAUGACGUCCAUGGCCUCCGGUAAUAGCCACUCCCGGAUACCCGUUUCUGAUUCUGUGAUCGUUUCCACUCGUCCUCCGAGUCUGAUAUCCGUGACAGCAGUCGGAGGCAGGGACUCCACCCACCCCCCUGAUGCCCACCGCCCCACCACCAGCAUCACCUCCGCACAUCUUGUCAUUUCAGCUCUGGAUCACGAUGAUCUGGACGAAUUUCAAGAUUUGUUCUACAGGCCACCCCAGAGCAGGCUGUCCAGUGGAAAAUCCAGCGUCAAACACCAAGAAGCAAGCGAAACCAGCAGGGGUAUACCGUCGGAUAUUCACAGUUCUUAUUCUGGAAGCGCGCUCACCAACCUCAUGCGCAGUAUGAGCGAGAUUGGAGAGUUACAUGUGGAGGCCUCGGAUUUAUCCCAUGGGCAGAGGUCAGGCGGACUGGGGGAAUCACGAUCGGAUGAUCUAUCUCAAACGUAUGUCUUCAUGGACAUGUCGAGGACUCCUUCACCGGUGCAGGCCAAUCCCCGUACUGUUUCCCAGUCGCCGGCCCAGCUUUACGAUGCACCCUUUGAGUCGGGUGUUCCAGAAGACAUCGAAUCCUCUCGAGCAUCUUCAUUUCUGAUGGCCUCACAAGAGAAUGACACUUUUGGUCUCCCCAUCCGGCAAGAUGUCGUUGACGCUGCAGGAACAUCAACCAUUCUGCAAGGCUCCUAUCGAAACUCUGCCCAUGCUUCGAUCUACGACGCUGCCGAAGAAGCUGACCUUGUCAGCCCCAUCUCGUUCAUCCAUUCGCCGCUCCUCUCUGCAGGCGGUAUACGGUCGAGCUACAUGACUAGCGGGUCUGAGUACUCACGCAUGUCCACGCUCUCCGAUUUCCCCGAUCCUCCUGCGCGACCAAAUCCAAAUGCGACGCCUAAUAGCGCCUCCAUUCUUCAGAUCUAUGUUGACGCUCCGGAUUCUACGCCGCUCCAACAGCCGGAGAACGUUCAGGAGACUGAUUGUCCUCAACCUGGCUCUGGCUCUGGAUCCCGUGUCUUCAGUUUGGAGAGCCACCGCACGACCUUUGGUGGGAGUGACGACAUAGACAUCAUUACCCAGGUUCACUCACAAAUCUGA